UAGGCAGUGGAAGCAUCAAAAGCUCUCACCUCAAGUUGAAUGCCAACGAAUUGUACGUUUAGUACAAUUUUUAAGACUUAGUGGAACAGAUCGUGCGACUUCUGCUAGCCAAAAUACGAAUUAAUAAAUAGAAAGCUGAUGAUGGACAUAAAGAUUUUUCUUUUAUGUCUUUUGGCAUACAACUGCCUUGCCCAAGACACAUCGUUAGACGAUCUUAUUGCUGAUAUUUUUAAAACAGAUCCUACCGCAUUCAGCUCUACCACUACACAAGCAACUCCAGUUAUAACUCAGCCAUCAGCAUCUCCCAAUACUGUCGAGGAACGCCAGCAAUAUGAGUCUUGCGGUGACCAGAAAGAAUGUGUGCCUAGAUGGUUGUGCGCUAACGAUACCAUAAAUACCAGUGGAGAAAAUAUAAUAGAUAUUCGUAUAAACACAGACUCGCCCACAGGCUCAGCCACAAAAACGUGCUCAAACUAUUUGCAAGUCUGCUGUGACAUUCCUGACAAGAGAGACAAACCGGAAGUACCAACUACGCCUGUUAACAUCAAUCGGGGAUGUGGUUAUCGUAACCCGAAAGGUGUUACCUUUAAAAUAACUGGAGCCUUGGACCAGGAAGCCGAAUUUGCAGAGUUCCCCUGGAUGGUUGCUGUUCUACGCGAAGAGUCUUCUUUAAAUCUGUACGAGUGUGGAGGCGCCAUAAUAACACCCGAAGUAAUAUUAACAGCAGCCCACUGCGUUCAUAACAAAGAAGCUAAAACUUUAAUUGUUCGAGCUGGUGAAUGGGAUACUCAGACGAAAGGUGAACCAAUUCCGCAUGAAGAUCGUUACGUAAAGGAGAUCAUAUAUCACGAACAGUUUAAUAAGGGAUCUCUUUAUAAUGAUGUCGCACUACUCUUUUUAGAAAGCCCAUUGAAUUUCCAAGAGAAUAUUCAACCAGUUUGUUUGCCAAAUUCAGGGGAACAAUUUGACUAUGACCGCUGUUUCGCAACAGGCUGGGGAAAGAACAAAUUCGGAAAAGAUGGGGAAUAUCAAGUAAUUCUUAAAAAAAUUGAUUUACCCGUUGUUGAAAGGACGACAUGCCAAAACAAUUUACGUAACACACGUUUAGGAAAAUACUUUGUAUUACACGAUAGUUUUAUCUGUGCAGGAGGAGAAAAGGAUAGGGACACGUGCAAGGGUGAUGGCGGCUCUCCCUUAGUCUGCCCAAUUAAGGGUCAACCAGACCGCUUCAAAUCUGCCGGUAUAGUUGCUUGGGGAAUUGGAUGUGGUGAAGAAAAUAUUCCUGGAGUAUACGCAAGUGUUGCUCACUCAAGGUCAUGGAUAGACCAGAAGCUUAACUUGAGACAAAUCAAUCCAAAAUAUUUCACACCCUGAUAAAUUUAUAUUAAACCAAAAUAUGUAAAAAAAUUUCAUUGGAAACCUGUGCAAUGGUAAUAAAGUAAAGUUUUAUUUGGUGUAUAAA